AUGGAAACAAGGCCCAGAGCAAGUCCUAGCAGCGGAAAGGAGUCCUGUGAAAUUUGUCCUCAGGGAUUAAUGGUGUUCACCGGUUCUACAGAACAGGACGCAAACUUGGCCAAGCAGUUCUGGAUCGCGGCGUCCAUGUAUCCUCCUAAUGAAUCCCAGUUGGUACUGUCCAGAGGUAGCAGUCAGCGUCUGCCAGUGGCAGGGUCCUUUAAGAGCAAUGCACCUGAGGGUACAGAUGUCAUUGCUGAAAACUUAAAGAUUCAUGAAUCAGAAGAGAAAGAAAAGUAUCUCCAAAAGGCUAAAAGGAGAGAUGAGAUUCUCCAACUCUUAAGAAAACAAAGAGAAGAAAGGAUCUCGAAAGAAUUGGUUUCCCUUCCUUAUAAACCAAAGACCAAAGUACACAAAGCAAAAAAAGUGAUUCCAGAGUCAAAUAAAGAAGACCAAGAAGAAGUUAAAGCCUUGAACUAA